AGGGCAAAACCGUGGGCAGUUGCUACUGGGACACAGUAUGUUGUCUGAUGUCUGAUGAUGAAAGACCAUGAAAAACCCAAUGACCCCAGGAUACAUCACUGAUGAUGUGUCCCAGUGCAUCUGCAUGAUGUAUUUUGUAUCAUAUAAUAUUAGUAUUAUUGAUAAUAAUGAUGUAUUUGACAUUUAAAAAAAAAAAUACUAUUUUGAAUCGUCAACAAAUAUGUGCAAGCUGAGCUAUACAGCAUGUGUUGCCUAACAUAGCUAAUAUAUUAAUAACAUUUCAGCUGCCUCUGGCGGCUCAACUCGUUGUUCUGGUUCGGUGUAUUAACGCUGACCUCGUUAUACCGGAAGAGUGGAAAAACAGUAGUCAUGUCGGCCCUCAUCCUGGUCGCUGGGAUUCUCGCAGGCGUUUUUAUUUUGAUUCGGAAAAUAGUUUCGGGAAAGAGAUGUAAGAGUAAAGUACAACUCCAUGGCAAAACAGUCAUCGUUACCGGCAGUAACACAGGUAUUGGAAGAGAAACAGCUGUAGAUCUAGCCCGUAGAGGAGCUCGUGUUAUUCUGGCCUGCCGCAGUAAAGUACGUGCUGCAGGAGCUCUGGCUAUCAUCAAACGAGAGAGCCGAAGCAAUAACGUGGCGUUCAUGGAGCUGAAUCUGGCUAGUCAGAAGUCUGUUCGCUCUUUUGCUGAAACCUUCCUCAAAACGGAGAAAAGACUGGAUAUUCUUAUUAACAAUGCAGGAGUUUAUAUGCAGGGUACUACAGAGGAGGGUCUUGGGCUGAUGUUUGGAGUCAAUCAUAUCGGUCACUUCCUCUUGACCAACCUCUUACUGGACAGACUCAAAGAGUGUGGCCCAAGCAGAGUUGUUACAGUCUCCUCAGUGUGUCAUGAUUAUGGGAAGCUUGACUUUAACCUCCUCAGUGCUCACAAGGAAUUUGGAAAAGGCAACUCCUUCAUGGAUGUCUUUAGGAUAUACAGCAACAGUAAGCUGUGCAACGUGCUGUUCACACAUGAGCUUGCAAAGAGGCUUCAAGGAACUCAGGUCACCUGCUACAGCCUCCACCCUGGCGCUAUCAAUUCAGAGUUGGCUCGCAGUUAUCCGGUGUUGAAGCAGGUCUUGAAAGUCAUUGGAGCCCUGUUCUUCAAAGAUGUGGAGUCAGGUGCUCAGACAACUCUAUACUGUGCACUACAGGAGGGCAUUGAAGGUCUGAGUGGUCAAUAUUUCUCCAACUGUGGAUUAAAGAAUGUUCGGGCCAUGGCUAAGGAUGACGCAGUUGCUAAGAAGCUCUGGGAAGUAAGCGAGGUGUUUUGCGGCCUGUCAUGAGAUAAACUCAGGAUCUUAUAUCUAAAUGCUAAAUUUAUUGUUUUUGUCAGAUUUUUUUUGAUUGUUCUAAAUUUUGUGUACCUGAAAAGAAAUGUCAGCACAUUUGACUAGCUUAUUAAAAAAUAUGAAUGUGA